AUGGCAGAUCAAUAUGAUAUGGAUUAUGAAAGAGUUGCAGGGCUUAAGAUUACAGGUGUUCCUCUGUACUUAUGGGAAGAAAAUAAUUUCUUGAUCAUUGCCAAUCGAUAUGGUAAUGUUAUUAACCCGUUUGAUGGCAUAUCGAAUAGGAGAGUCUGCUCCAUGCAAAAAUUUGGUGUACUCACUUCAGCAAGGAGAUGGAUCAAUGACGAAAUCAUCGUUAACUCAAAUGGACAUGAAUUCAAGGUUAGCGUCGUGGAGUACACUGACGACUGGUCUCCAUUCAAACCCGCUCCAUUCGACAAGGUAGAUGACUCGGAGGAGGAUGAUGAUAACAUGGAAACAAUUUCAAAAACUUGGAUGGAGGAGGAGCUGGAAGAACCAGAAGAAGGAGAAAUUUGA